AGGGUGUUGGUUCCUCAGUAUUGCGCUGGACACGUUUAGCAUCAGUAGUAUUUAUCAGUAGUAUUUAUGUCCAGAUUGUUCGCCAACGCAAGUCGCUUUCCGGAACGUUUUAAUUGAGAAAGAAUUUUGUUCACGAAACUUUCUACGUAGCAGAGUCGAAAAUUUACAGUUUUGGAUCGACAUAUAAAAAAAUGAUUUCCACUGAGCGCUCAGCAAUAAUCAUCUUUGGGUUAUCUCUUUGCAUAGUUUCAGGUUCCGCUUUACGAUGUUGGGUGUGUUCAUCCAAUGUAAAUGUCAUGUGUAACGACCCGAUGAAUACUACAGAUCAUCAAGCUGCAUUUCAUAUAAAAACUUGUGAUCCAGGUCCUUAUGGCUCUUCAAAACCUAUUUGUCGCAAAAUCGUCAAACGAGAAUACGGCGAACGGAUUGUCAUACGCCAAUGUUCUACUCCAUAUCAUGACGAAAUUGACAUCAUCGAUGGCCAAUGCGGCAAUUCCAUGAUACAACCAGGACGUGAUGUAAUCGAAUCUUGCCACAUCUGCAGCAGCGAUUUAUGCAAUUCCGCAACGACCAUCUCCGCGAUGAAAUUGCUUUACAUCAUUGUAAUAAUAUUUCUUGCCUGUACUUUCCACCAGUCGAAAUAUUUUCUUUAUAAUAAUCUAUAGUUAAAAAAAAAGAUAAGAAAAAAAUAAAAAGAACAAUCCGAACAAUAUCUAUGAAUACUUAAUGUCAGCUCGUCUCCGGAGCCAAAACGCAAAGCCAUCAACGAAAAAAAAUUUAAUAUAAAUAAGAUUCAGGGACUGUAAAGUGUUGAUAAAUGUCUCGGAUGCAUGUCAACACUAUACAGUCCCUAAAAUCUUAUCUACAUUGAAUUUUUUGUGACAAUGGUUUUGCGUUUUGGCUCUGAAGCUCAAAUUGAACAGGCUUGCUUAAUGUUAUAAAUCUACGACUAACAAACUUUCACUGCGUGAAACAAAUGUAUUAUUUCCCAACUUGAUGGUGAUUCAAAAAAUGUAUAAAAAGUGCGGUUAAAAGAAGUCUCGGAUAAUUUUCUCCCAUUUCAAGAACAAUCCACUAUUAUCGCGAAACGAAAAUUACAAACUAGAAAGCGCACAAACUUUAUAUUAAUUCAAUUGAAUUGUUGAAGUACAAAAUAAAAGACUUAACAUAAUUA